AACUACAUUUCCCAGCAUGCCUGAGCUCAGCUUCUCUCCAAAUGCAGCAGAUCUAAUGGGCAGCUCCUUUAACGGCUGUAGCAUCUCCUGUCUCCCUGGUCUAAACAUCCAGCUCUAGGUAGGCAAAAGCUACCCAUGACUUGCUCAGUACCACAGGAGCCCAGGAAUUACAUUGUAUCACUAGCCUGACUAGUGUAGACUGAUGCUCCUGAUACACGGCCCCUAUACUCAUCUGCAUUCCAGCUACUACUAUAGUUAUUAAUUACAGUCACUGGAACUGGAGAAGUCCACUGCAGGCUCAUCAAGGCUACCUUGCUACAUAUCUGCCGCUUAGUGAAUUUAGCAGGACAACCCAGACCAUGCCUUUGGACCCAAGUAAGCCACAUUCUGGAGAGGGUGCAUCCGGUGAUUCCAACAGAGACGGCUCGGAUACUGCAGAGGAAUCUGCCAGGAAGAAAAUUAGGCAACGAACCCCAAGCCCUCACCAGGGAAAUAUACAAUUAAGCCCCUCACGAUUUGUGUCAGUGGAGGAACUAAUGGAAGCAUCUAAAGGAGUCACCAAUAUGGCCCUGGCUCAUGAGAUUGUGGUUGCUGGAGGCUUGCAGAUCAAACCUGUGGAACUACCUGAGGGAAGCAUGGAGAAGACGGUACGAGACAUUGUCCACAAAGCAUUCUGGGACUGUUUAGAAGCUCAGUUUAAUGAAGACCCUCCUGUAUAUGAUCAUGCUAUUAUACUGCUUGGAGAAAUCAAAGAGACACUUAUUUCCUUCCUGCUGCCCGGGCACACACGACUUAGGAAUCAAAUAAACGAGGUUCUCGACUUAGACCUUAUCAAACAGCAGGCGGACAAAGGAGCCCUCAACAUCCCGAGACUGGCAGAGUUUACCAUCGGAAUGAUGGCGACUCUCUGUGCUCCAGCACGGGAUAGUGAGGUUAAGAAACUAAGAGAGAUUAAGGAAGCUGUUCCCUUGUUCAGAGCAAUUUUCUCUGUACUGGACCUCAUGAAGCUGGACAUGGCUAACUUUGCAGUAAGCAGCCUCCGUCCACACUUGAUGCAACAUUCUGUGGAAUAUGAGAGAAAGAAGUUCCAAGAUAUUACAGAGAAGCUGCCAAAUUCUCUUCAAGUUGUCACAGAGUGGCUUCAAGAGGCAGCGAACAACCUGCUAAUGUCUAAGGACCCUGUAUGCGAGGAGGCGGCUGCGGCACCCAGGUGCUCAGAUUCUGUUUUAAACCGUGCCUAUAUGCAACUGCUUAAAUGGGAUCACACGCACCGACUCUUCCCAGAGACCCUGUUAAUGGACCAAGUUCGCUUUCAAGAGAUGGAAAUGGAACUGACCCAACUCACUAUUGUAGGGACUCUGCUCUUGAUAACUCACAAUUCUGCAAGUUCUGCUCUGUCUGGCCUUCCUGGGUUCCCUGAUCGGAUGAAAUCUCUCAUUCGAAUACUGCUGGAGGGAGUGGGGUUUCCUUCUUUCAAUAUGGACGAAGCUUUGGCAGCACUGGGUGAGAAGAUUUGUGUGGAAGUGAACAGCACUCUAACUCAGCAUGGCUUCACUCCCUUCUCGGCAGACAGACAGGCUGCGCUUAAGGGUCAGAUUCAGGCAGCUGGUUCACCUUCAAAUCAGAUUCGCCAACUAAUAGAUUCAAGGAUCCAGAGUUUUUUAUUGAGCUGUUUAUCCUCCAGUAGUCAGAAGUCGCUCCCCCAAUUACCAGGGGGACUGGGCUCCAUUCAGAAAGAACUGGAGCAGAUUGCUGUCAGAUUUGCACGUCUUGUCAACUACAAUAAACUGGUAUUUAGUCCAUACUAUGACUCCAUCUUAAGCAAUAUACUGGAGAAGAAAGAAACUCGGCCAAGUGACACGCAGGCCUGAUUACUCAAAGCUGUUCUGCACUCCAAAUGUCCCUUUAAAUUCUUAUUGGUCAUAACAAAACUAUUUAGCAAAAAUAUAGGAUUCCAAUAAGAAUUCUUUGCUUCAAGACAUGAAUCUGCAAUGUUCAUGUCUUUUUGCCAUCUUCACAAAUAAAGAAAAUUACUUUUAUUUUAUAA